CAUGCUUUAUAAAGGGGCAGAGUGAGAGGCAGUGUGAGUUUACCAGUAUAAUAGUCUCCCUCAUACACACACCAACUUUUUGGGAAAUAACCUCCAAUAGCUAUGGCGACUGUUUCCACGACAACCACCUUGGGUGUGUUGGGAUUUAUUUUGUUGACAUUUAUGUCCAUCAGCAAUGGGGAGAUCCUGCCUCAAGCGGACUUUAAUCUCCAAGGGAUGUCAGGUAAAUGGUACCUGAUUGGCUUUGCCACUAAUGCCCCCUGGUUCGUGGCCCGUAAGAACAUCAUGAAGAUGAGCACGGUCCAGAUGACGCCUAUGGCCAACGGAGGACUGACCAUCGACCACUCCAGCAUCAACGCCGAUGGCUCCAGCUUCAAAAUUACCCACAAUGCAAAGCCCUCUAACAUGCCAGGCCGAUUCACCUUCAGAAGCGACCGGGCAGAGGGUGACAAUGACAUGCGGGUCGUCCAGGUCAACUAUGAUGAGUUUGCACUGAUACACACCAUCAAGACAAAAUCAGGAGCCGUCACCAUUCUCAACAAACUCUACGGUAGAACAUCUGAUCAAAGUGCUGAUGUUCUUCAGAGAUUCCGCAGCUGGUCUCUGGAGUGUGGCAUACUACCUGAGAACAUUGUAAUUUUUCCUAAGAAUGACUGAUCAUCUGGACUGGAUCUCUCUCUUUCUCUCUCUCUUUCUCACUCACAUACACACACACACACACACUCCAACCCCCACUACCCCCUUCUCCCCCACACACACUUCCAUUUGCAACUUCCUGGUGGUAACGACAAGGAAAACGACUCCCCCCCCCCCCCACACACACACACAUACAGUCUCUGCCCUCCUCUCUGACUCCAUAUUUCUCUCUCCUCUGCGCUACUCUCCCUGACUCCAUAUGUAUCUAUUUGUGCCUCCUUAUUAAAAACAGCAUGAAUCAUUAAAA